AUGGGACUGCAGUCUGAUCACCUUGGGCAGUCAGUAUGUCAACUUCUACAACCGACUCAUUUUUCUGUCCAGACCCUGAUGUCGUUGGGCGCCUACCACCACUGCUGCCUGUCACAGACGUUAAUCGACUAUUGUUGCUGGUGCCGACAAGUGAAAUUGCCGAAACUGGCGCCUGUGUCGGAAGGUGUUGAUUACGGCAAUUGGUACAGGAGGCCCAGGCGGCAGCACAUUCGCGCCAAUGGACCAGAUGGGCAUCAGUUAGCUCUAUUAGGUUUUGCAACAAUUCAGUGCGGCGGUCAUCACGCCAGCGCAGAAAGUCGGCUCGCAAUUGACCGUUGGUGA